UGCAUUAAAGGGGUCAGGGGGAAAUGGAAUUGUUUGUGGGCAAGGGUUUUGUCAACGAUUGUAGGUCAACGAAAGAAAGAAACUUUAACAAAAUGUUUGAAAAGUACUUUGUGUACUGCUAAACCCAAAYAGUUUCGUUUUCAUGCUUAGCCAUAAGGGAAGGUACGUUUAUUACUGUUGGGGGUCAGUGAAACUAUCGCUGUUUCAUCGUUAGUUUGAAAUAUUUGCACAAUAUUUGCACAAGCUCAAUCACCUACUGCGGAAAAGACAAUUAUCAUCCCAAAGCAAGUACAGUACGGCUUCCAAAAAAUGUACUCAUACAAGGCAAUCGAGCGAAAAAUGAAAAAAAAAAUGAAUAAAGAGUAUUGGUAUCCCAAGAUACAUUGCAAAGCGAUUCGAAAUGGCGGGCUUGUGUUCACCUGACCAACCUCGUUCCCAGGGCCAUCACGGCUGACUCCUUUUCAAGAUGGCGGUCCAACCAAGUUUGCCCAUCCAACAGCAGGGACAUUUUGCCUACAACGUGCUUGUGUUUAAGCGAAAAUAAUGUCUUAUCUGGAAAUGAAAGGGAUCUUCCACACAGGACACGAACGGCUGAACAUUUUGCGCGCAGUUCCCUGCCCGAGAUGGCCCUGGGGACGAGAUUGUCUUGAUUGUCACAUGACCAGUACAGUUUAUCGGAAUAUGCAUGUAAACAGAUAGUGGUCACGAGAUUGUCGUGAGAGUAGUGCCCUUUGAACAAGGAAAAAGUCUCCAAAUUCUCUUUAUUUUGCCAUGAAGAAGCAUAGAAAAAGUUCACACAUCUUAUCGAAGGCUGUGAAAGUUGAUGUCAGUAAUCCAAGAAUACACAACUGUGACAAGGGAAAAUACGUUGAUUAUGAAGUCAAAAUUGAGACAGAUAAUAUAGCUUUCUCCAGAAAGAAUUCUUGUGUAAGAAGAAGAUACUCUGAUUUUAUAUGGAUAAGAAACAAGCUCUCAACACAAGAGAUCAGUGGCUUUGCAAGUGAUUAUCCAGUUCCUGAGCUUCCACCAAAGAGAUUGUUUGGUCGCUUUGAACCAAAGUUUGUUCAUUCAAGGAUGUGUGGACUAAAAGAAUUCUUAGAAAAAGUAUUGAAUCAAAGGCAUUUUUUAUCAUUUGUUGGACUUCAUCUCUUCCUACAAACAGAAAUGUCAAUGCACCAAAUAGAGAAUUAUGUAAAUGGUAAUUAUGGACAAGAAUACACAGUAGAGGACUUAAUACAUUUAUCAGAAUCAAAUCAAAUAGAAAAAGCUCUGGAUACAUGUACACUCAAGUCAUGCUAUAAUGUUGUUAUUUCGGACUUUGAUACAUUUGUAAUGGUCAAUAGUAAUGGUGAACAAGAUGAUGCCAAGUCAUUCCAUAGUGCAAGCAUGGGUUCCAUAGACAGCAACUCAAGUAUUAACACCACUGGUUUAUCAACUAUAGGUGCAAAGGACUAUUCYGUCUGUAUUCAUUGUUCUGUAAAAUAGCCUAAAGAAAUGAGUGUACAUCACUUGGCAAAUCUAAAGCAUACUAGUACGUCUUGUAUUACAGUUGAUGCUUUAUAUGAAAUUUUCAAGAAUGUUAUUUUCCACAAAGUUAGCUAAUCAUUUCCAUUGUUCUCAUUAACUGAAGGGAAUUUGCCCUAACAAGUCAUGCAAAGUUAUUUCUAUUUGCAGUAUUAAAAUUAUAAUUUAAUACUUUCUAAAGAAUUAUUAAUUUAUUAAUUUCUAAAAUGACUGGAUUGCAUUYGUGAAUGAAUCUUACAUGUAUAAUAUUUUAUUCUAUUUUGUAAGAUUGUUUAGAUUAAYAUAACUAUAAGAUAUUCAUUUUGUAGUAAUAUUAUAUCUUGUAACAGUGCCAUUGAAUUGGACAAAAACUUUGAUAAUUUCAAUAGUGGACUUAGUCUCACUUGAAAAGCAUUUCUCCUUAUAAUAAUUUAGAUUGUGUUUACAGGCCCUCUAAGGAGAGAGUGUUUUUAAAACCCUUGAAGCAAACAAGUUGUAUUUUAGUAAAUUCUCCCCUAGAGAAMUGAUGUAGUUUUGUUUUCUCUGCAAAACCAACCAACCAAAUAUAAGUAGGACAUACACAUAACGGCAAAACAUUAGGAUUCACCUUGGAGAUUUGUUUUUAUUCAAACAYAAGGCUGUAAGCCUUAAUAUAAAACCCUUGUUGCAAGACAACCUUUUUGWAUAAUAGCUGUAGACAAGUAAAGAUUCAUGUAAUUUAAACAUCUAUGUUUCAAUAAGAGGAGUACUGAACUUCAAAGUUUGGGUUUUUAGGACAAAUUUCCAUUUGAAAUUUAUGUUUAUUUUUUAAGAUUUUUGAAGUAUUAUUAAAAGUGAACAUAUAAGACAUGAUGAUAUUGUAUUGAUGAGUAUAUUUUGGCAAAUAUUAUAAUUAUAUGAUAUACAUGUAACAUCCCUAGGAUUAGGKUUUUUAGUCAGAAUUAAAUUAUUCAUAUCUGUACAUAUUGUUUAUAUGUACAGUAUUUUGUCUGUGUGUAGAGUUGAAUAAAUGACAAAAAUGUUGUCAAAGUCUUGA